AUGCCUAAACCUGAAACUAGCAAAGAAGACAAAGAAAAUUAUGACAAAAAAUUAGAAUUAGCUAAAAAAGAAACUAUUAAAAAUAUUCAGAAUCAACUAAGAGAAAAUGACUUAGAUAUUACUGAACUAGAUGACCAAAGGACAUGUUACUCAGAAGAGAAGAGUUUCUUAAAAGAAUUGGAAAAAACGCAAGAUCCUUCUUUAAGUAUGGAAGAAAAAGAAAAAAUUCAGCAAGAAGCUUUUCCUUUGAUUUGA